AUGAUUCAAAUAAUUCCGAAAUCAGCUGUACUAACCUACCUGGUUAUGUUCAUCUCACAGCUAAAUUGCGCAUGGGAUUUCAUACUCUACCAAUCUUUCUUUCAGACACGUGGCAUCGUGUUACAAGAAUAUGGUGUAAAUACUAUUAAAUAUAAUUACAACGAAUAUUCCGAGGAAUCUUCAGAAGAAUGCGCCGUCUGUUUGUGCAGUAUCGACGAGGGAGAUGACGUCGGAGAGUUGAGAUGCGACCAUUUAUUCCACAGGGUUUGCUUGGAUAGGUGGGUUGGUUAUGGGCAUGCCACGUGCCCCUUGUGCCGGAAUAAUUUGAAGCAGCAGCCACUUUUCACGGCGGAGCUCGGCCACCAGGAGUUGAUCAUGAUCAACUUCUGCGCCGCCGUCGCCGCCAGUUCGAGAGAUGACCGAUCCACGUGGUGGUUGCGCUGA